AAACAACCCGAGUGCCUGACGAUGAUCAUAACAGACAAUUGCUGCUAAUAAAAAUAUGUUGGAUAUUGUUCAAAUUUACUGCAAUUUCUUUAUCAUUUUAAACGCGAUUGGUUUUAAAAUCGUUUUAAUAAUCAUUAUAUUAUACAUUUAAGUAUACGAUGUAAAUAUUAACAAUAUAGAAAUAGCGUUCUUCCUCCUUAAAGUCGGUCGAUAAAAUGAGUACGAACGAACCGGUUGAACCAGGAAAAGGUGAAACAUCAUACUCUUUAACUGCAAAAGGGAAGCCUUCUGAUGGAAAGUACAAAGUAAAUGAGGUUUGCUACACAUACAAUAAGAAAUUUCUUUUUGAAAGAUGCAUUUUAUUCAGUAUUAUGUUUGCUAAGCAGUUAAAUCAGUUAGACUCGGGAUUUGAGAGAACCAAAGAACGAGAAAUAGAUGAAUCAUCAUCAUCAAAGAAAAAAGAAACAAAAAUUGGUCACAGAAGGAUCAAUGAAGAUGGUCAGAUUACUUAUAAAAAGCAACCAUCUUCAGCUUUAGUGUCAGCCAUUCAGCUUGGUAUACAGUUUUCAGUUGGUCGACUUACCUCAAAAGCCGAACGUGAUGUUCUAAUGGGUGAUUUUUACGAAAUAGAGAGUGUAUUUUUUCCAAGUGAUGGUGGUCAAGAAACUCCAGCUCAUCAUUAUAGUGACUUUCGAUUUAAAGCUUAUGCUCCUGUUGCAUUUAGAUAUUUUCGAGAAUUAUUUCACAUAGCACCUGACGAUUUUCUUAUGUCCCUAACUCAUGAACCACUACGUGAACUGGCCAAUCCUGGUGCAAGUGGAUCAUUGUUUUAUUGCAGUGUUGAUGAUCAAUUCAUUAUUAAGACAGUUCAACACAAAGAGGCAGAGUUUUUACAAAAACUACUGCCCGGAUAUUAUUUGAAUUUGAACCAAAACAAGAGAACUUUAUUGCCUAAGUUUUUUGGUCUUUAUUGUUAUCAGUGUAGUGGAAAGAAUAUCAGGCUGGUCCUUAUGAACAAUCUUCUACCUUCUGGCUAUAAAAUACAUUUGAAAUAUGAUUUAAAGGGCUCAACAUUCAAACGUAGAGCAUCCAAGGCUGAGAGAGCUAAAUCCUCUCCAACUUUAAAAGAUCUUGAUUACAUGAAUGAUCAUCCUGAAGGAAUAUUGCUUACUGCAGAUACUUACAAUGCUUUAAUCAAGACCAUUCAGAGAGAUUGUAUAGUUUUGGAAAGUUUUAAGAUCAUGGAUUAUAGUUUACUGCUUGCUAUUCAUAAUAUUGACGAGGCUGCAAGAGAGAGGAAUGAAUCUUCAACAACAAAGGAAGGGGUUAAGACUACACCGGGUGAAAAUCGUAAGGCGAGUGAGAAAAGUACAGAUGAACAAACAAAAGGUUUUGCUUCAGUCGUUCGAAAUCCUUCAGCCCGUAAUCGUGAUGAUUUUGCUGCAUAUUGGGAGGCAAUACCUCAACAUAGAGAUGAUAUUCCAUAUGGCGCUAUACGAGCACAAAACUCCAAAGGGGAUCGUUUAUUAUUAUUCAUUGGUAUUAUUGAUAUUUUACAAAGUUAUCGUUUGAAAAAACGUUUGGAACAUGGUUUCAAGUCAGUUGUUCAGGAUGCAGACUCCAUUUCUGUACAUCGACCAAGUUUCUAUGCCAAGCGGUUUCAGGAAUUCAUGGCUGACAAAGUUUUUCGGAAAAUGUUGGGGACAAAAAGUCAGGUUGCUCGCUCGCCAUCAAAGAAACGAGCAAGUUUCAAUGCUGGACGUACACGAGAUCGUUCAAGAGCGUCAUCUGAUGCAGAGAAACAUUUAAAUGGGAUUAGCGAUGAUAAACAUCUUUCUAACACUGUUCCUGGCGAUGUAUCGUUCAUGGGUGGUGACACGAAAUCCUUGGAUGAAAGUAACCGUCCAAGUACGAAAGGUGACGAUGAAACGACGACGGUAAACGACAAACUGUCAAAGUCUACUGACGAAGUGUCUACGACACAUUACGAAAUUACCACCAAUCGCGCAGUAGAUGAGGGAUCACAUGUUCAUCAUAGUGAGAACGAAGUUUCAUUUCAAAGUUCGAAGAACAAUGAGGAUACAACCGAUUUAUCAAAUUCUGUUCUUAUCGACCAAAGUGAUAUAAAAGUCAUUUUUAAAGUUGGAAAUAACGAUGAUAAUGUACAUCAACCGAUCUCUUCCGAUCGCAUACUCGACGUCAUACCGAAUACUACCGAGACAGAAACAUCCAAUGAUAUUGACGAUGCUGACACUGUUCGUCAUCCGAAUAGCUCCGAUGUCCUAACGACAUCAACCAAUGAGAAUGAGGAUUUGCUUGUUAUGGUAAAAAAUGAUGUGGAAGCAUCGAAAAAUGUCAACGACGUUGUAAAAAAUAAUGAAAAUACUUAAGAAAGUGGAAGUUACUCAUCUGUUGCUAAUUAUUAGUGAGGUACGACAGAAUCCUUGGAGUUUCAUAAUUAUAUGUAACUUUGUCAAGACGUUUAAAGUCAACAUUUUUCUCCAGAGUUACCAUGUAAUCUUUAUAUCCCGAAUCGGAGAUAUCCAGUAUUAAAGAUUUACGAAGAGAUCACAUGUCAGGUACUCACUUGCGUCAUGUUGAAUGUCCUUGUAUUAAAUAUGGAUGAUUUUUCGUGAACGAUUUCAUUUGGAAAAGCAGCAAAGAAAUUGGUUUUUUUUUUGACUUACGACACAUGUAGAAUAAAAUUCUUUGCUUCCGACAGCAGUUUAUGAGAAUUACUGUCUACCUAAAACAACUUAUACCUGUGAAGUUUUGAAGUUCUGAAGCUUUCUAGGAUGAUAUUUUAAAUGUUUAAAAAUCUGGGUAGUAUUACUGUUAUAAUGUGUGAGAAAUAGUCUUAUUUAUCGCGAUGUGUUGAAUGAAUGAAGAUAUGCGUAAAAAGUAACGUUUUUUACUAACAGAAACCGAAAGAGUACAAAAUUUUUGCUAAAUCAAUAAAAAAUGUUCAUUUUAA